CUUCCCCGUCCCCCAUCAAAACUGGAUACUAGUUUGGUAGCAAAAAUGCGUGAGUUCUUCCGCACCCGACCAUCCGCUGAGUCGUUAAGGGCUCGUGGAAUUCUGAAAAAUGAGCCUGUGUUCGCCUCAACUUUGGUUCAGAUCUGUGAACAAGAAAACUCCGAAGUACCCCGGUUCAUUGCCUGUGCGGUUCGUGCCAUCGAAGCUCGGGGUCUGGAUCAUUUGGGAUUGUAUCGAAUUAGUGCCAAUGCAUCAGAAGUGCAAAAGCUCCGUUGCUGUGUAAAUCAGUAUAAUUAUUCCCUGAAUUCCGAAAAAUGGAGUCUAGACGUACUGGCCGGCGGUUUGAAGCUAUUCUUCCGUGAACUCAAAGAACCCCUGUUCACCUAUGAUUUGUUCCCAAAACUGAAGAAGUUAUUCGCUGUAAAAGCUGACGAGGCGACUACUUUGGCCGCCUUGCAAGAAAUGAUCUCCUCUAUGCCCUCUCCACAUAUCGCAACGGCUCGGGUGCUAUUCCAUCAUCUUUAUAGAGUAUUAAAACAUUCCGAAGUGAAUCAGAUGCACUCACACAAACUCGCUAUUGUAUUCGGUCCGAAUUUGAUCCGUUCGGACACGGAGGUAGAGCAUCUGGGCAUGCUCACGUCUGUUCAGGCCCCAUGCGUGGACUUCUGUUUGCAACACAUCGUAGAGUUGUUUGGUCCCGUGGUCCCACCGCCCGUCGUCGUCUGA